GUCACGAUUCGGACAUAUGCAUUGAAUACGCGCAAAUUGACCUUUAAACACGCAAUGGCUUCAGAUGUAUUCCCUGCGUUGUGUCCUUGCAGCGUGUUUGCAUCAGAAUGCUCACACAAUGGACUGUAAUCGUGCCGCUACUGUAAAACCUUUGAUCUGCGAGGUUGGAAAAUGGUGGACGGCUCUCUGGCGCCGUGGCCCAGCGGGGGGCCACAGACAUGUCAAUAUUCACGAGAUGAGAAGUUCCCUGGCAGACUGCGUGGCGCCUUGCAGGUCUUCACACACUCCCAGGAUAUGCAAAGACUUCAAUAACGAGCCAUUAACUGCUAAUCAGGAGGAUCGAUCGGGCGUUAACAAGCCUCUCUACAUAUGCAAAUGUACGCCCUAUAAAAGCUUCCAGGAUGCUGCAUGCCGCCUCUCACUUCCUCCGACAUUUGCUGGAUUUAACACGUCGCUCAAAACAAAACAAAGAAUUGCUAUGGUGAAAUACUUUUCUGUGGACUGGCUGGUCCAGAGGUCCAAGGACCUGGGUGGAUCCGCCUGCAAGCCGCACAUUCCCUGCAUGGUACAGCCGCGCCAGCCGGCCUAUGGCAAAAGUUACCUGCAGCCUAAACCCAAACCUGUAAAGUCCCAUCCUGCAGUGGACUUCUGCAACAUGUCACUUCCAACACGCUGCAGCUCACCAAGUAAGUCCUUUUCCUCCCAGUCCGCCUUUAAAUGCAUCAUGUUGCAGUCCUUUUCAUGUACUUUUUUAAAAAUAGUUUCAGAGACGAGCGGCUAUUCUUCCGGCUACGACAGCGAAGCGGCUUCCUCCGAAUGUCAGUCCUUGGACGAGGCCUGCGAGGCGGACAAAGAUGGUCCGCAGCAGCGCCGAGUGCGCACCAAGUUCACGCCGGAGCAGAUCAAUAAACUGAUCAAGAUGUUCGACAAGCACAAAUACUUAGACGCCGGCGAGAGGGUGAAGAUCGCGCACAAGUUGGGCCUCACUGAAACUCAGGUGCGGACCUGGUUUCAGAACCGGAGGAUGAAGCUGAAGCGGGACGUGCAGGACUUCAGCCCCCAAGUCACGCCGGUGAUGUUCCGACAUCUCCCCCCGGGCCACUACCGCCCCAUGGCGGCCCAGCACCACAACUACCACCCCGGCCCUGGAGCCUUCUACUCGGCAGCCCCGAGGAUGCUCCUGCAGCAGCAAGUCAUGAUCCACAACCCGCAGUUUUACUAAAAAAAACAAAAAACUGAACUUUUCCCCCAUAAGAGACUUCCCACGGAAACACUUAACAAGCAAGUGCAAUUUAUAUUAUUGUGUUUGAUGCGAAAAUUGUAUAAAAAAAC